GAUGCUGAGGCAAGCCGGCACUGCGCAGCGCUCACACACACUCGCACACACACACUUUGAGAAUCACGCAUACUCUGGGCAUUGCACUCCCAAGCUGCUUUACAGGCAGGAAAAACCACUGAGUCUGAGUCCGCAGCCCGUCACUGCGGGACAGGACAGAGGACGUGAAAAGGGGAAGACCCCGUUUCUUCUGCUUCGCCUCAGAGCAACAGUUCCACUCCUGUCAUCUCAGGAGGUCCAGGGGGGGGGACUCUUUAAAAGACACCUCCUCAAAAACAAGUGGGAGGGAAGAGCAGCAAGGGCAGGAGCAAGGGCGAGCAUUGCCUCUUCCCGGAGGUCGUCGUCAUGGACGUCCUCUUCAUCUCCUUAUGAAAAAAAAAACAAAAAAAACCAAAAGGAAAAAACAGGCGGUAAUCGACGAGAUGGCACGCCGAGCAGGGGGCGAAGCCUCCCCGAAAAAGAGCACAUCCCUCAACCUGGUGGCGGGGUUCUACCACUACCUGCGUGAUGAGCAGGAGGCGGUGCAGAAAAGGACGUUCACAAAAUGGAUCAAUUCCCACUUGGCAAAGUGUGUCCCUCCUCUUGAAGUGAAAGACCUGUUUGAAGACAUCAAGGAUGGUGCGAUGCUGUUGGCUCUCCUGGAAGUCCUCUCUGGACAAAAACUGCCAUGUGAGCAGGGCAAGAAGCUAAAGAGGAUCCACUGGGUCGCCAACAUCGGUACGGCUCUCAAGUUCCUCGAGGGUAGAAAGUCUGCCUACAGAGGAUCUCCGAUCAAGCUGGUGAACAUAAACUCCACAGACAUUGUGGACGGACGGCCCUCGAUUGUUCUAGGGUUGGUGUGGACGAUCAUCCUCUAUUUUCAGAUUGAAGAGCUAACCAGCAGCCUGCCUGAGCUCCAAGCCUCGUCCAGCAGCACGUCCUCUGUGGACAGCUCCACCAGCAGUACGGACACCACCAGCCCUCCCGUCAAACGAAAACCUCUGCCUCCACUGCAGGGCGGAGCCAGGAAGGCCCUACUGAGAUGGGUUCAGCAGACAGCCACUAAAUGUUUAGGGCUUGAGGUGAAGGACUUUGGACCCAGCUGGCGCUCCGGUUUAGCUUUCUUUGCCAUUAUCAACGCCCUCCGACCUGACCUGGUUGACAUGGAGCAGAUAUGGAGGAGGACCAAUCGAGAAAAUCUGCAAGAAGCCUUCCUGUUGGCUGAGACAGAGUUAGGCAUUCCGCAGCUUCUCGAUCCAGAAGAUGUGGAUGUGGACAAGCCAGAUGAGAAAUCUGUGAUGACGUACGUUGCCCAGUUCUUGCGGCAUCAUCCUGACUGUAAGCAGAGUGACUCGGAAGAACGGCAAGAAGAAGAGCACAACGUUGCUCCUCGCGAUAUAGAGGAAAUGUUUGAGAGAGAGCAGCGAAAGAGCCUGAGGGAGCUCAAAAUGUGGCUCGACCAGCUGGAGAGAGAGGCAGCACGGGCGCAAGAGACCGAGGCCAGUCUUGCUCAACAGUACCAGUUGUUUAAGAGCGUGCAUGUCCAGGUGGAGAUGAGGCGGAAGCAGGUGGAGGGAGCGCUGCAGUCCACGCAGAGGGACGGGAUGCUAACCGUGGACCAGGCUCUGGUCAAACAGGCGUGGGAAAGAGUUUCCAACAGGCUUGUAGAGUGGCAUCUUCAGCUGGACCGGUCCCUCCCAGCUCCUCUGAACACAGUUGGAGCGUGGCUCCACGAGGCUGAAGGAGCCCUGCGGCACGAGAUCGUCGUCCAGCAGGCCCAUGAAAUCACAGCAAACACUGUGCACAGAGCUCUGCAGCAGCACAAGGAUGUGUUGAAGAGCCUGGAGAGCCACCAGCAGGUCUUUCAGAGAAUUCAUAAAGACAGAAGCGUCGAUGGUGUCCCAGUUCCACCCGACCAGCUCCAAGACAUGGCUGAGCGGAUGAACUUUGUUUCUACGUCCUCCAGCGCCCACCUUGCUAGAAUGGAAUAUUUGGAGAACAAGCACCACAUGCAGGCCUUCCUCACACUGGCCGAGUCCAAACUGAAAUCCUGGAUCAUCAAAUAUGGCCGCCAUGAAUCUGUGGAACUGAUGCUCAAUAACUACACUUCAUUUGUGGAGAAGCAACGCUUCUUUGAAAAAUACGAGAUAAUGUUCCAGUCCCUGAAACAGUCUGCAGAGGCCUACAUCAGUGUGGACAGCUCAGCGGACGAGGGUGAGAUGGGAGUGCGCCGGUUCGUGCGGGAGGUGGUGACUCAGUGGAGGAGCCUAUCCAUGGAGGUGCGCAGCGUGAGGAGCAUGCUGGAGGAGGUCCUGUCCAACUGGGAGAGGUACGCCUCCACCGUGGCCUCCUUACAGGCCUGGCUGGAGGACGCAGAGGAAGCAACGAGCCAGCCCGAGCACGUUAAACGGGAGUUCUUCAGGAAUCUCAGCCACUGGACGGAUCAACACGCAGCCAUGAACGACGCGGGGAACUUUCUCAUCGAAACGUGCGACGAGACCGUGUCGCUUGAUCUGAAGCAGCAGCUGCUUCUUUUGAACGGUCGAUGGAGAGACCUCUUCCUCCAAGUCAAACAAUACACACAUUCAGAUGAGGUGGAAAAAUGGAGGCAGGGUCACCUGAAGGCCGUGUGGACCCUGAAAGAGCUGCUGGACACCGCAGAGGCCAAGUUAAACGCUCCUGUUCAGGUGUCUUUCCUCAGCGUUCGAGCCUUCCUGCAGGACGUGGAGAGUACCAAGCAAAAGGAUGCCGCCAUGGAGACGCAAUACAAGUUAGCCGCCCGCAGCGCUCAGCUUCUGGCCAAGGAUGCGCCGCAGGAUGAAGCUACCAGGGUCGUGGCAACUGUGGCAGCAGCCAAAAGUCAGAUAAGCAAAGUGAGAGAACGGUGUCCCUCCCUGGUGAGGGAGUGUCACCUCCUUCUGCCUCUCCUGGAGGAGAUGGAGAAACACAGCAGUGCUUUUUAUCAGGCUCUGGAGAGAGCUACAAGCAUCAUGUCUUCUCCUUGGGAUUCGAAGGCUCCUGCUCAACAAAAACACAAGAGUCAGGAGCUGUUAAACCAGCAGCAGAGCUGUAAGCGCUGUGUGUCCGUGGUCGAGAGGAACCACUGCACCCUGCAGAGAACCAUCAACAACAGCAAGGUUCUCCGAAACUUCGACCUGUUACUGCUGCAGAAGAGAGUUCAAGAGAUACAAGGAUCUUUACAGGCUUUGCUGAAGGAGGUGGGGGAGUGGAGGAGGCAGGAGGAGGCCAAUAACUGCCUGAGGAGGAGGUUUGAGGAAUCACGGCAGGAGCUGGAGAGGGUGUUGAAGAAAGCUCAGGGCUGCUUGAAAGAGACCGGAGACACMGAGGGAUUACUUAAAAAGCACUCAGACUUCUUCGGCCAGCUGGACCAGCGCGUUCUCAGCAUGUUUUUGAAGGCGUGUGACGAGCUGACAGACAUCCUCCCUGAAGAAGAGCAACAGGGGCUGCAGGAAACUGUCCGCAGGCUGCACAAGCAGUGGAAGGCUCUCCAGGUUGAGGUGCCGUCUCACCUGCUUCACCUAAAGGUGGACGUGGAGAGGAAUCGAGUGGCUGCGAUCCUCCAGGACUGCAGAGCGGAGCUGGACAGAGAAAUGCAAGCCCUGUUAGGCACUUGCACCAGUGAGCGGGUGAUCAAAGAGCAUAAAACCUUCUUCAAAGAGCGCAAACCUUUGGCUUUAUGUGAGAAAAGAAUUAGAAACAUGGAAGAUCUGUGCCAAAAGCUGCCUGACAACGAUUCAGCUUAUCGUACACUUGACUCUACAAGAAUGGCCGUAGAGGAAGUUAAGGAGCAAAUAAAAAUCGUCCACCUGAAACUGGAGCAGCACCCUGACAAAUGGAAAGAGUGGAAUGAGAGGUUCUGUGAGCUUUCUGACUGGCUGUCAUCUCAGAAAGGGCAGGUGAGGCUUUUGAGGGAGACUGCCGUGGAUUCCCGGCAUCAGGAGCAGCUCGAUGCUGCUGUUCAGGCACUACAGCAGGCAGUGAAUGCCCGAGAAGAGAGUCUUUUGUGGCUAAAGAGUCGCCUGGUGGCGCUGUCUGAGGUCAGCCCUGAAGUGGAAGUCCAGAGACAAAGAGCGGCGCUGGCCAAACUUUCAUCUGACCUGCGAGCGCUCUUAUCUUCCCUCUGUCAGCUGGGAGAGGAAGGCGCUCCUAUGUUCCAGUAUGAGGAGCUGAGGGAUAAAGUGCACGGUGCCCUGGAGGAGGUUUUAACGGCUCAAAAAGAGGCCGAGGAGCAAAUGAGCAGAAUUCUGAAUGCCGAGAGCCUGGAGGAGGCCAAACAGCUGUACCUGGUUCACCAGCAACACCUGAAGCGGCUGAACGCCAACAGGAAAGAGGUGGAGCUGCUGGUGUCCCACUGCAGCCAGCUGCAGUCUGGUGAGGAGCUGAGUCAGACGCUGGAGGGAGCUUUCAGCGAAGUUGAUCGCAAAUCUGGAGCAAGAGAGCAAAACCUGCAGGCAACUCUGAGCUCUUGGCAAACUUUUGAGCUGGAAAGAGAAGCAGUGUGGAGGUUUAUCACCAAUACUGAGGAUGAACUACACAAACAACUUAUUUUUAACAGCUUGGAGAGCCUGAAAAGUGAACUGGAGCACAUCAAGGAGCUCUUUAUAGAGUUGGAGGAGUAUUCUGUGCGAGCWGAUAUUCUGUUGGAAAUGGCAGCAGAUAUAGAGCUCGGUCCAAAGAACCAGGGUCUUCUUCUAGAGAAGGCUCAGUCCACCAGGGAAGCAGUUGCAAAACUUGAGAAGCAUCUCAAAGAGAAGUUCGGAGGAGAGAAGGGCGGCCCUAGCCCAAAUGGAGACCGACUCUGAGGCCCUAUCCCAGUUCGUGACCCCCGGAGAGGCCGGGCAUAUCCGUGCGCAGCUCGUCCAGACGAGGCGCCGCAUCGACGAGCUGGCGGAGAGAACGGAGCUGCUCGGUGCGCAGCUCAAUCAGAGCGCCGCCUACAGGCAGAGGUGCAAYGAUAACCUCGAACAGGUCAAGAAAACAAUAAGUGAUCUUGAAGAAAAACUGGACUGUCCUAUCACUUAUUGCACUUCAUCAUCAGAGACUUACAAGAUCCUCCAGGAUCACAUGGAGGUUUGCCAGGGGUUUGAGCAGCUGAAGCCCCRGCUGAUGGCACUGCGCUCGGCCACAGAGCGGCUCGCAGAGGGCAGCCAGUUGGACGAGGAGGUGGCUGACCUCCAGAAGCRGCAGAGGCAGCUCGUUGUGAAGGUGGCAGAAAAGCAAUCCACAUUACAGAGCCUUCAAGCUCUGUGGCAAAGAUAUGAAAAAGAAACUGCGUCCAUGAAAGGUUGGCUGGACAGAUGUGAAUCCCUGUGCUGCCCAGAGACUGAGCUCCUCUCUGCAGAUAAAAUAAAACUUAGGAGUGAACUGCAACACAUGCAGGAGAUGCAGGGGGAGACGCCAACCCACGAGGUGCUCCUGCAGGGUCUCGCAAACCUCCUGCUGUGCCUGAACCCCACGGCGACCGAGGCUUGUGUCCGAGAGCUCGGCGAUGACCUCAAUCAACUCCAGGAGAGAUACACUUCUGUGAAAAUCAGCAUAGGACACAGGUGUAAGUUCCUGGAGAUGCACUUGGAUCACUUGAAGCAGUUCGAUCAGAUCCUUCUGAUUUUGACUCAAAGAAGCGAAAACUUCCUGUCCGACAUGAGAAGCUCGUCUUCCGUUGAUAUUUCAAACCUCGAGGCUGCAGUUGUUGAACUACAGGAGCACGAGGCACGGCUGCAGGAAACCACGUCGCUGGUGGAAACGCUGCAUGAAAGAGAGGCGCGCCUCCGGUGCCGUCUCACCCCAGAGGCUCAACAGCAGCUGGAGGCCUGGAGGGACGACUGCCUUCUGCCCCUCAGCGAAUCUCAGCGUCUCCUCCUCGUCCGCAAAAAGUGCCUGGCCGAAUUAAAGACGUUCCUCGAGAAGCGCGAGACGGCGGCGAAGGCCGUGCGCUGCCUUCACGAGRCGGUGGAGGGCAGGGGGAGCUGGGACCACUCCAAAGCUGAAGAACUGCACGGUGGGAUUGUGGAUGUGGCUAAAGACGUGGCCCGACUCGAGGCUGAGGCUGUCGGGUUGGAUGGACAGCUAAGCAAAGCUCAUUUGCACAUUUCUGGAGCUGAGCUGAUGGACUCUAAAGACAUCGGUUGUCCUCAGGGUAAARCGUCCUGCAGAGGACAAGCCGUGGUCCUCACGGUGGCCCUGGAGGAGGUACAGAGGGCCGUCGGGUGGAGACAGUGUGAGGCYGACGCUUUAGGAGCCUUGUGGUGCUCGUUCAGGGAGAGAAAGGAAGAGGUGAUGAAGAAUCUGAAGAAACUGGAGGACGACGGAAGACRAGAGGAGGCCAGAGAGUUCAGCGUGCAGGCCUUUCAGAACAGGCUGCGUUUCUUUGUCCAGCUGGAGGAUGAGCUCCAGUCGCUGCAGCACUCCCAGCGAUGGUUGGAGGAGAAAGGAAAGCAGCUGGCCCAGAGAGACAGCGAGCUGGCAGCAGACGCUCUCAGGGAGGUGACGCUGGUGAAGACGGCCUGGGACAACGUGAAGACGUUGAUAACCAACGGCCAGGAACAGAGCGGAGUCRUGGUGGAGCUGCUUCGCUCGUUCCUGCGCUUGAAGUCCACCCUCAACGCUGUCGUGGAAAACGCUCAGGCCGUCGCUCACAAUCUGCCCGACCAUAACCACGACGCUCAGGACGCUAGAAGUGCUUUCACGCAACAUAAAAUCAUCCAAGCAGAACUGAGAGACAAACAGGAGGACAUGGACCAGCUCAUCUGCACAGUGGAGGACCUGCAGAGAGAACUGGAGAAGGUUCCCAACGCUGACAUGUUCUCCACGCAGAAGGAAAUGGAAGCUCUCAGGAACCAGUGGCUGCUGGUUUCAGAAAAAAUACAAGCGAACACAGAACGACUUGGCUACUGCGCUCAACUCUGGGAUGACCUGAAGGCCACGGAGCGCGACAUCAACCAGUGGACGGCCGCCUCUGUCGCCGAGCUCGCCGACUCMGCCGCCAGACUCGGCGACGUGGAGUCGGCCGAGGCUCUCCUCGCCACCUUUCAGGCCGAGCUGGAGAAGAGGGAGCAGAGGCUGGAUGUCCUGCAGGAAAGAGUGGCGAAGCUGAAAGAACGAGUCAAGCUGCAGGAGACGCCCAUACAGAUGCAGGUCCUGGAGUCAGAUCUGAGGAAGAAAAUGUUCCACGCKCAGGAGGCGUACAACCAGGCCAAACACUCGCUGACCUACUUCAACUUCCAGAAGCAGCGACUCGAGGACCUCAUGUCCCAGAUGUCCGAGCGGCUGGAGGCCGUCGAAGGUUYCAUAUCGGACAACGCUGAAGCUACUUCUCUAGAAGACAUUCAGAUUGUGAAGGACCUGCAGAGCGUUGUGCAGCAGCAGAGGGCAGACGUGGACUCGGCUAGAGAUGCCCUGACGUCCCUCAGCCGAUCCCAUCCAUCUCAGGAGUUGUCACGCCUCUCCUCUGACCUCACCUCCAUCGCCAAGCGAACAGAGGCUGUUGCCCAACGCUGUGCCAAGACCAGAGGCUCCCUGCAGGAUAGACUGCAGCUCCAGUUCAACGAGCUCGUCCAAGACUUCAAGUCCUGGCUCGCAGAUCUGAAGUUGGAGCUGAAGGACUGUUUUAACCAAACAGGAGAUGUCGUCGUCCUGAGAGCCAAGCUGCAAAGACUGAAGACGUCAGUUGACCAGGCGUCCGAGGGUGAAGAGCGUCUCUCUCAGGUCUGUCAGGAGGCUGAAAAACUCCAGCUUCACCUGAGCAAAGCUGGAUCAGCACAGGUCCAAGAGAAUCUCUCCUCGUGUCAGAAGGAGUGGAAACACUACCUGGACAGCUGCUCCCAGAGCCAACAAUACUUACAAGAGAGCAUUGACCUCCUGAAGAAUUUUGAUGAUUGUGUGGWGUGUAUAAAAGACUGGAUGAAGCAGAUGGAUCUCAGCCUCAAGAGUGAAUCUGUUCUGGAGGCAGAGAGCCAAAAAGGAGCCUGCGAUCCUUCAGAAGAGCUGGAGAAAAUGGAAAGCCUCAACAAAGACCUCAUAGCUCGAAGGGAGUCUGUCGAGCGUCUCUGUCAGGAGGCCCAGGCUCUCUCUGAAUCCGGCCGGGGGUCAGGAGGCGAGGUCAGAGUGACGGGCCAGCUCCAGAUGGAGUAUCAGGCUCUGCUGAAGACGGCCAGAGACAGGCUUCGGGGCUGCCAGGAGAGCCAGGCCUUUGGAGACACCCUCCAGGGAGUUUGGGCCUGGCUGGAGGAGAUCCAGGAGCGUCUGGGUACAGUAGACAGCACGAUGGGGACGAAGGGGCAGUUAGAGCAGAGACUGGAGGCUGUGCAGGACAUCCUGCUUCUGAAGGGAGAAGGGGAGGUGAAGCUGAAUAUGGCGAUGGGGAAAGCUGAGUUGGCUCUGCGCAGCUUCGGAGCUGCUGGACAGGAAGUGGUCCGAUCUCAGCUUCAGGAAGUGGAGGACGCUUGGGCCACGCUGCUCGUCACGGCCAUGAGCUGCCAUAGUCGAUUAGAGUGGACCGUGUCUCAGUGGGGGGGAUACCUCCAGAGCGCCGCCCAGCUGCUGAGCUGGAUGGAGGUGGUCAAGCGAGAGGUGUGCGCCCCUCUUCCACCCCAGCCGGGACCCAGGGAGAAGGCCUCCCAGUUAGAGAGACUCAGGGCUCUGGUGGCCGACCUGGAAGACCACCAGAUGGCGCUCUCCAGCCUGGAAGAAAAAGCCAGGGAGCUUUUCAAGAAGACAGGUGAUGCAGGCUUUAACCAUGGAGCUCGCACACAGCUGCAGGUGCAGUUCGAUCACCUCACAGCUUUGGUGGAGGAGAGAGUACAUCUGGCUCAGGGGGUGGUGUUGGAGCACCAGGAGUACCUGGAGGCUGUUCGGGAGCUCACCGAUUGGUUGAUGACGGCGGGGGAGGAGCUACAGCAUUGGUCCGAUACAUCUGGAGAUUCCGCCUCCAUCAGGAAGAAACUGUCAAAAGUGAAGGAGCGCGUAAAGUGUCGACUCAUGGAGGGCCGCGAGCGCCUCAGCCGGGUCCGUCGCACCGCGGCCACCACAGCGGAGCACACGGCGGCGGGAGGCUGCGAGGCCAUCGAUCGGCAGCUGGGGGCGCUGUCACAUGCUCUGGAGCAGUGGGAGGGGGCCGCGCUGAGGGCCCGGGACGGCCUGGAGGGCGCCCUGGCUGUGGCCGAAGCUUCCGAGGAGGAAUACGACCGUCUCACUACCUGCCUGGAGGACAAGCUGAAGGAGUUUGAUGGACAUCUGAGGGGGUGGAGCCAGGAGCUGGUUAAAGCUGAAGGGCGGAGUGCUGGCGAGGAGGCAGUGGAGGGAUGGAAGCUGGCCAAGGAUAUUCUGGAGGGCUUGCAGAGUGCUGAGCUGAUGGCAGAGAAGUUGAAAAGCCAGCUGAACGACCUGGUGCAGUACUCCAGAGACCUGGGCUCGCAGUCAGACCGGGUCACUGCGCUCAUCAAACAGCACAACAGUCUCAGUCUCCGUGCAUCCAGGGAGUGUCAGAAUAAGGAGCGCUUGUUGGAGCAGAGGUUCCGUGCAGCCCUCAGAGACUUCCAGCAGUGGCUGGUCAAUGCYAAAAUCAGCACGGCCAAAUGCUUCGAUGUGCCACAGACCGUYACGGAGGCCUCCACCGCUUUGCAGAGAAUACAAAACCUGCAGUCCCAGAUGACGGACUUCGAGGCCAGCGCCGAGCCUCUGCAGGAGUGGCUGAACGGCACGGAGGUCAGAGUUCAGGAGAGCAGCGCUCGACUGCACGACCUUCCUGCCAAGAAACAGGAGCUGAGCAAGUUGCAGUCUGUGCUGGAGGACAUGGUCAGCCGGGAGGUGGAGCUGGGCAGGUUGAGGGAAAGAGCUCACCACCUCUGGGAGGGACAAGCAGCCGGCAAAGGCUUCGUCCACAGAGUGUCUCAGCUGUCAGCUCAGUUUCUAGCCCUCAGCAACUUAACCAAGGACAAAGCCUCCAGGAUUGAACGCAUCGUCGGGGAGCACCAGCUCUUCUCUCAGGGGCUUAAAGAGCUUCAGGACUGGGUGUGUGAGGCGCAGAGGGUCAUCGGCACCUGCACCUCCUCCACGACAAACAAGAGCGUGCUGGAGGACCGCAUGGUACAGCUGGAGGCCUUACUGGCUGCUCGUCAGGAGAGGGAGAUCCAGCUAAAAAUGCUCCUGACUCGUGGAGAGGCAGUCCAAAGAAAUACCUCAGCCGAAGGGGUUCCAGUGAUCCGCAAACAGAUCCAAGACCUCAAAGACUCGUGGGACUUGUUGCUUUCUGCUUCAAUCCAGUGCAAAAGUCAGCUGGAAGGCGCUCUGUCGCAGUGGACCAGCUAUCAGGAGGACGUGGAGCAGUUCGUGCAGUGGAUGGAUCGGGUUGAAGAAACGCUGAGCUGCUCAGACCGGCAAUACUCUGAGAUGAGAGAUAAAACUGCUAACCUUGGAAGGACGAAGCUUCUCUAUGAGGAAGUUUUAAGUCACAGCAGUCCUCUGGAGACCAUUGCCACAAAAGGAUCCAACAUGGCUGARCAUUACACAACCCAGCAGGAGGUGCAGCAGCUGCAGAGUAGAUACAACACACUCAAAGAAAAAGCAAAGAAUGCUGUCAGUAAGGCCAGUGAGCUCGUGAUGGUCCACCAGGAGUAUCAAAGGGGGUUACAUGUGUUUGAGGACUGGCUGGAGCAAGAGCAGUCGUCUUUGGCCACGUUGUCUCAUCCAGAGGGGAAUGUGGACACGCUGGAGAAAACACUGCAGCAGCUGCAGAACCUGCAGGAAAACUGCUCCAGAGGCCAGUCUUUGCUGGCGUCAGUGCUGACUAGCAGGGAGCGAGUUAUCCCCUGGGGCAUCCCUCAGAUUGAGGACCGAGCUCUGGACACGGCAAAGCGAGAAUGGGCRGCCCACCGGAGCCGCCUUGAGGAGAAUCAGGCCCAGCUUCACUCCACGCUGACCCGGCUGAGGCAAAUGGGCCACAGGUUCUUAAACCUGGCUCAGUGGUUGGAGGACACGGAGAAGGUGGCCAACAUCCGAAGCCAUCAGCGCUCUGACAGAACGACCAAACAAAGUCAGCUGAAGAAACUCCAGGGCUACCUCGAGGCGGUGCUCGCGCAGCAGGGGGAAGUCGAUGGUCUCUCAUCUUUAGCCCAGCAGGUUCUGGAGGAAACCUACAUCAGCAGUCGUGUCAGUGUUACCGCCACCCAGCUGACCGCCCGCUACCACUCCCUGCUGCUCAGCAUCCAGGACACAAUCAAGCAGCUGCAGGAGGAGUUAAAAAGCAUCGAAGAGGCAGAAAAUCUUUGCGUGUCCUUCACCGAGUGGCUCAGCUCGACUCAGAAARGCUUCACGAGGCUAACUGACCGUUCCGAGCCUCUGGACCGGGCCGCCAUGGAGAGGAAGAUGAAGAAACUAGAGACUCUCCAGUCUGAGCUUCAGCAAGGUCACAAUUUCCUGAAAUCGCUGAGGGAGCGUGCAGAGCAGGCAGCGGGCUUCCUGGACGAGGCUGGAGCUGAGAGUUUAGGAGGAGAGGUGGAGGCGCGUCUCGCCCAGCUGGAGGAGCUCGCCGGAGGACUCAGGCAGGAGCGCAGCUUCCUGGAGCGCGCGUUGCUGCUAGCAAAGGAGUUUCAGGACCGAUACAAAGCCCAGGUCCAGUGGCUUGUGGAGACCAGAGCUUUGCUCAGCACCCCGGUGGAGCCUAAGGCUGAACUGUAUCAACGCAGGGCACAGCUGGCUAAGUAUAAGGCUCUUUUGCAGAUGGUUCAGUCUCAUGAUGGAUCCAUCCGGUCAGUAAUGGAGAAGGGAGACACUUUGUUGGCCUCAGUCCACUACCCCUCUGUUAGAGACAAAAUGCACAAACUGCAGAGGGACAACACUGCGCUCUGCAACGCUGCAAUGGCUCACGUGGAAAACCUGGAAAGCCAGGUGAAGGAACAGGAGGCRUACCACAGCGAGCUCCAGGAAGUGGAGCGCUGGCUGCUGCAGAUGUCCAGCAGGAUGGUGACUCCUGAUCCAAGCGUGAGCAGCAGCCUGGAGGCAGCGACUCAACAGCUGGCCAGGCACAAGGCUAUCAUGGAGGAGAUUGCGGGCUUUGAGGAUCGCUUGGCGGGCCUGAAAGAGCAAGGGGAACGCCUGGUUCAAGGCUGCAGUGACCGCGUGCAGAGCCGGCUGAGGCAGCAAGUCCAGACUCACCGACAAGGCAUCAGAGACAGYUACUCUGCCAUCUGUAGCACGGCACAGAGGGUAUAUCAGAGUCUGGAUCAUGAGUUACAGAGACACGUCAGUCUGCAGGAUGCACUACAGCAGUGCCAAACCUGGUUAAACUCAGUUUCAGAAAAACUGGAGUCUCAUACGGAAGCGUCUCUCUGCCUUGAAGAAGCUCUGCAGCAGGUGAAACAGGAGAGGGCUCUCCAGGAACAAGCCAGCACGUACCUCCAGCUCGUGUGUUCGGCUUGUGACCUGGCAGAGCCGAGGGUCAGGGAGGUGGCAGCUUCUAUCCAGCAGAUCAAACUGCAGAUUGAGGACCGCAUGCUUCUUUGUGAAGAAGUAGCRGACAGCUGGAGGGACAUGGAGGAGCAGAAGGCAGAUCUAGACGCCCAGCUGAGGGAGACGGAACAGCAACUUCAGAACCUGAUCCGGAGACCUGCAGAGCUGGAACCUAAGAUUGCACAGAACCAGCUGGACAAGGCACAGGAGUUCCUGCAGCAGAUAAAGGAGAAACAAACUGAGGCAACUCGUUUAAACGAAGCCGUCGGCAGGUUGACGGACGGACAGGUCUCUCCUGUCCUGGAGGAGAUAAGGAGACUGAAGAGAGGCUGGAUGGAGCUGGGCCAACGGGCUGAAGAGCUGGAAGCCCAGAGGGGGGAGGACAUGCAGCGGAGUGGAGAGUACCAGGAGAGCGUGGCGGCUGUGGAGGAACUCUUUCACCAAGUGUCCAGAGAGUGGGACUACCUCGCCAGGGCUGACACAGAAAGCACAAGUGAGCAUCUAGAGGCUCUGAGGAAACUCGCUAGUGACCUGGAAGAUCAGAGAGAAACACUAGAGGACCUCAGGGACCAGAGACAAGCCAUCCUGCCUCGACUUAGCCUGCUAGACAAAGAGCUGGUGAAACAACAGGUGGGUCAUCUAGAGCAGCGCUGGGCCCAGCUCGAAACCCUCAUUCUGCAGAAGAUCCAGGACUCUGCUCAGACCCUGGAAGAUCUGGCCCGGGUGGAGGCCCGGCUGAGAGACGCCAGAGAGUGGGUGGAGAAGCAGCGGCCCGCUCUCACCUCGGCGCUGAAGACCAGCCCGCCGCCGGACCUCGCCCAGAGCUUCCUGUUCGACCACCUGACCGUUUGCGUGGAGCUGGAGGCCCGUCAGCAGCUGCUGGGUCAGGCGGUGAGCGAAGCCCAGACCGUGGCCUCCAGACUCGGGCUGAGCGAGAAGAGGUGCUUGCAGGAGCUGGUUGAACAAGCCCAGAUGGAGGUGGAAGCUCUCGGGGCUCGAGCAGCUCAAAGGAGGAAGUACCUCAGCAAGGCUUUUACAGAGCGGACUCAGUUCCUUCAGGGCCUGGGCAGAGCCCUAUCUUGGGUCAAGCAGCAGGAGAGGAAGGCUUUGAUAGACGACCACAUUGCGUUGCUUCCUGAGGACCUGACCAAACAGGUCGCUGCCUGCCGGGGCAUCCAGAGCGGACUGCGAGCCUACCAGAGGGAGUUGGCAUCGCUCUGGGUACAAGGGCGAGACCUAGAGAGGGACGCCACUGACAAAGAGAGAGCGGAGACACUCGCAAGACUCGAGGAGCUUCAGGCGGCCUUUGAGACCGCCCUUCAGAGGACCACCCAGCRUCUGGCGGGCUUAGAAAAAGCUUUGACCUCGAGGAGGUACUUUCAGGUCGACCUGGACAAGACCUGCCACUGGCUGAGGCGAGCAGAYGCCAUAACGUUCCUAGAAAUCGAUUUUAGCAGCGUCGACGAGGGCUCUGAUUUACAAACGCAGCUGUCGAACUUUCAGACGGUCUUAGAGCAGGCCUCGGAGUACGAGAACCUCCUCGUCAUCGUCCAGAGAAUCGGUCAGGAGAUCCUCCCUACUCUGAACGAGAUCGACCACUGCUACCUGGACGAGCGGCUCAACGCUCUGCCGCAGCAGUACAACGCCAUCCUCGCUCUGGCCAAAGAGAAAAAAGACAGAGUCCAGCAGAUAAUCAUGGAGAGAAAAGAGUUCAGCACUUUCUUCGACAUCACUCGCAACGCGCUGCAGGAGCUGCAGGAGCACUUCGACAAUCUUGAGAAGCAGACUAUCAGUGUAAGAGAGGAAGACUUUGUUAGCCGAAUGAAUAAAUACAGAAGCAUCGAUGAAAGCUUGGUUCAUAUCAGCCCUGCUGUUAGGGAACUUCAUGGGAAAAACGAGGGGUUUCUCAUCAGGGGGCAGAAAUACAGAGCCGAGGAGACGCAGCAGCUGGUCGUUCUCCACAACACGCUGAAGAGGAGGAACCACCAGGAGAUCCAACGUCUCAACGACUGCUUGGAGAAACUAACCAAACACAACAGGGCGGUGUCCAGAUUACGCUCGGAAAUAAAAUCCGUUAACGAGGCGCUGCUCGAAAUCAAAUCAAACAAGGAUUUAAGAACUUCAGAGAAAAUCGCUGAUCUGUUUUCGCUGCUGCGAAGUYUAGAAGAAGUGAGAUCUCAGGUUGAGGAAUCGUACAAAGAAGCCAAAAAUCUAAAUCUGAAGUUUGACGCUGCCGCUUUUCAGGAAACGACGCUGCACCUCGAGUCGUGUCGGUCUCUGCAGCGCGACGUUCAAUCCGCCGUUAGAAAAAGUGAAGCGGGAUCCAAAAACACUGAGGAUUUGACAGGAGAGGCUGAGAGCAUCCUGGACCGGUUGAAGGCGCUAAAAGACAAACUGAAGGAGCCGUUAAUCUUCUCAGAGGUGAAAACUGAGGCGACGCUCAGGGAGCAGCAGAAACUGAGAAUCAUGGAGGAGGAAGUGGAAAGUGCAUCGAGGGCGGCCGAUUUGUUGAGAGGCGAAACGAAGCAAAAGUGUGAAAGUGGAAAAGAAGGUGUUCCUGCCCAGUUAGAAGAGAAACUGCAGGAGCUGAUGAGUCUGGGAGCUGAAGUUCAACAAGAAAUCAGAGCAAAACAGCUUGCUGUAGAUCAGGUUCUGGCCCUGGUCCAGAGACACCACUUAUCUCUGCAGUCCAUGCAGAAAUGGCUGGACUCCGUAGCGGAUCUGCUCCACAGAACCAGCUCCGGGGUGGAUUCAGAGAACCUGUCAGACUGUAUGCAAGACCUGGAGGAAGUUGUAGUCCAGGAGAAGAACUUCACAGCUGGUUCUGAGGAGCUAAAGACUUUGGAUCCACUGUUGGUUGAUUAUAUUGACGCCGCAGUGAUGAGUGAGCUCAGAGAGAAGAUUCAGUCGAUGCAGGUGAAGAAGACUGAACUCAAACACGAGGUGGACGCGUACAGAGGAGUGCUGCAGAGGUGUGGUGCUCUCUGGAGCUCCUUUCAAUAUGAAAAAGAAGCUCUGGUUGAACACAUGAACGAUUUAGAGAGCGACAUGGCCACGUUCACAACAGCUAAAGCCUCCAGYGCCCACAAGGCAGAGGACAAGUGUCAAAGAUACAAGGCUCUGGUGACUCAGCUCGACAUGCUGCAGUUGCCUCUGAAUGCCUUGAAAGAGAAUGCAGCAGAGUUGGACGAAAUUACCUCCGAAUCAGGCAAAGCGCUCUCCAGCCACGUGGUCUCGUCGCUGUGGCAACGGUGGACGAGGCUCCGCUGCGUGGCCCGAGCCCAGGAGAGGGCACUGGAGGACACCGCGAGGGAGUGGAGAACCUUCAUCGAGAAGAUGGAGAAGGUCCGCUCCGUGUCCAAAGACCUCCACGGUCGGGUUCCAGACAGCAAGGUAGAGAAGGCAGGUACCAGGGCCACGCUCCAGAGCCUGCUGGAGUACCACSACUCCUUCAGCCAGGAGGUGGAGAAGGAGCAGUCCAUCCUGGCCCUGCUGGGGCAGCAGACCCGCUGUCUUAGAGGAGAGGAUGAGAAGGAGGUGGUGAUGGAGGAUGGACGCGACGAGACGACGUGCCUGCAGGAGAUCAGAAGCAUGCAGGAACAAUAUGACAGCCUGUUGCUGCAGGUGCGCUCCAGCAGGGCUCAGGUACAGCAGGAGCUGAGGGAACGAGAAGAGGUUGAGGAGGAACUGGGAUUAGUCAAAGGUUGGAUCCAAGACACACGGGGCUUAUUGCUGAGUCCCACCGCAGACCUGGAUUCCCUGCUGCAUGAGCUCGAGACUGCUCAUGGUGAGGUCAUCAGCAGGCGCCAGAGCGUGGAGCGCAUGACGGAGCUGCAGCAGUCCAAGUAUCAGGACCUUCAAGCUGGUCUCCCAUCAGAGCUCAGCAUGCAGUUAGCUGAGGUGGCUCUGGCUCUGGGUUCUGCUGAAGAUCAGGUACAAGCAAGGGAAAGGGAAGUCCAGCAGACCAGGGAUGUGAAGGAGGACUUCAGCUGCAGACUUCAGGACAUCGAGGCAAAGCUGAAGACCAUCGCUGUGAAACUGGAAGACAAGGGCGCUGACCUGGAGGAGGCCAAAGAAGAGACCAGAGCUCUUUGUGGAGAAUGUGAAUYCUGUAGUAGCUCUCUGGCGGAGUUGGGAGCUGCCGUUCAGGAGUUUGGAGAGCAGAACCCUCUGCUGUGUAAGCAGCUCGGAGACGCUGUAGCUAAACUGACGGAAGUGCAGCACCACUGCACUCAGCAGGCACAGGGAAAGGCCAACAGGCUCAAGAAGGCUGAGAGGCAGGUGGAGGAGUAUCACAGCAUGAAGGCCUUUAUUUUGAGCUGGAUAGAAAAAGCUGAGGCUCUGAUCACCAGUAACAUCGUCUGGAGCUCUGCCUCCCAGCUGCAGGAGCAAAUUCGAGCACAUCAAGCGUUGCUGAGGGAGUGCCGCGGUCUCCAUGGUGACUUGGAGGCCAUGGGGGAGCGGGAGGGGCAGCUGGCGGAUCUGUUGCAGACGGAGGGAUGGAGCCAGCAGGUGAAACACCUCAGCAGACGCACCGAGGAGCUGCAACAGUCCGCCAAGGGCCGCCUCCAGAAUCUGCAGGAUGCAGCUAAAGACUUGUUGCGUCUAGAGGCCGAGGUGAAGAGCCUGCACGCUGCUGUUGAUCAGAUCCAGGUUUGCCUUGCUUCCCCCGACCUCAACAAGCUCAGCCUCAGGGAGCAGCUCACACAGAGACAGCGUCUGCUGGUGGAGAUGGAGAGCUUCAAACAGCAGGUGGCGGCGGUGCAGCUGUGUCAGAGCGCCCUCCGGCUGCCGGAGGAGGUAGUGGCCAGUCUGCCGAUCUGCCGCACAGCUCAGAGUCUGCAGCAGGAGGCCAGUCAGCUGCAGCACACCACCAUCCAGCAGUGCAACAUCCUGCAGGAGGCCGUGGUGCAGUAUGAGCAGUACGAACAGGAAGUGAAGAACCUCCAGAGGUUAAUAGAAGAUGCUCACCGCAUCAUCCAGGACCGGCCCGUCUCCACCAACAACAUUCAGGAACUUCAGGCUCAGAUUCACCAUCAUGAGGAGCUGACCCAGAAGAUCCGUGGCUACCAGGAGAAGAUCGCCUCGCUCCACUCCAAGUGUAAGAUGCUGACGGUGAAGGCCAAGCACGCCACCAUGCUGCUGACCGUCAGCGAGGCGRAGGGCCUCUCGGACGGCACCGAGGAGCUGAGCGACGAGGAGCUGCACGGCGUCGUCCCCAACUCCUCCUCGGACGCCGCCAAGCAGCUUCCAGCCCACCCUUCUGUGGUCAUGAUGACGGCCGGCCGCUGCCACACGCUCCUCUCCCCCGUGACCGAGGAGUCCGGGGAGGAGGGCACCAACAGCGAGGUCUCCUCCCCCCUCGCCUGCCGCUCCCCCUCUCCGGGGAAUAACGCUGACGUUCCUCUUAAUCAGGGUCGAGGCAUCCUGAACCGAGCACCCCUCCAGGAACUGUACGACCCGUCGCUGGAAACCAGCUCUGCUAACCUGGAUGACCUUCAGAGAUCCUGGGAAACACUCAAAAACGUGAUAAGCGAGAAGCAGAAGAGUCUGUACGAAGCCCUGGAGCGUCAGCAGCAUUAUCAGGAGUCCCUCCAGUCCAUUUCCACCAAGAUGGAGUCCAUCGAGGGGGCUCUCAACGAGGGCCUGGAACCUAACAAGACCCCAGAGAGCCAGAUGGCGGCUCACCAGGCGCUCAUGGAUGAGAUCCUGAUGCUGCAGGAGGAAAUCGGCGAGCUGCAGACGUGUUUCUCCGAGGAGCUGGGCGAUGGCGACGGGAAGGCCGGCGACCAGCUGGCCCUUCACUCCACGCUCACCGUCCUGGGAGAGAGGAUGGUCACCAUCCGCAUGAAGGCUUCUGGGAAACGCCAGCUGCUGGAGGAGAAACUGAGCGAGCAGUUGGAGGAGCAGCGGCAGGAGCAGGCGCUGCAGCGUUACCACAGCGAGGCGGAGGAGCUGGACCACUGGCUGCUCAGCACCCGGGCCACCCUCAGCUCUGCCCUUCGGCCUCAGAGCGAGGACAUGGACAUGGAGGAGCAGCUCAUCGACUGUCAGAACAUGCUGUUCGAGAUCGAGCAGAAGGUCUCCUACCUGUCCGAGCUCUCCGUCCACAGCGAGAGCUUGCUGCUGGAGGGCCGCGCUGAAACCAAAGAGGAGGCGGAGCAGCUCACGCUCAAGCUGCGCUCCCUCAAAGACAGCCUGCUGGAGCUGCAGCAGAUGCUGCAGGACAAACAGGUGGACAUACAGGGUUCACUGCAGGAGCAGGAGGACAGUGAGCCGGACUCGUCUCUGUCCCAGAGUCCAAAUGUCCAGGACUGGUUGUCUCAGGCUCGCUUGAGCCGAACACAGAAGCACCAUGACAACCUGCUUCGACAGAGGGAGCUCCAGGAUCAGGUGGAGAAACAGAAGAAGCUGCUUCAGUCUGUAGCCAGUGUUGGGGAGGAGUUAUUCAGCCAGCAGAACUCAACAAAUGGGGAAAGUGAGAUGUCCAUACCUGGUGGAGUGCUGCUGGAGGCUGAGACCUCGUCUCCUCUGGACCAGCUGAGGCAACGAUGGGAAAACUUAAAUAAAGAUCAGAGCACCAAACUUCAGCUCUCCCUCAACUCCUUUGAGCAAGACCAGCUCAGCCCGGUCCUUCACCGGUCUCGUCUGACCAGUCCAAAUGUGGCGUUCAGGAGCGAGGCUUUCAACCAGGAUUCUUCCUGUCCUGGAGCCUUGUUCGAGGCCUGUAGCCGGACUCUGGAACGAAUCAAAGAAGAGGCAGCGGACAGCCACAGUAAACUGGCAGCAUCGUUUGGAGGGACGACGGUUCAGCAGGACCUGUACGCUGCAGUAUCUGCAGCCUCCUCCUGGUUGGACACAGCAGAGAAUCACCUGCUUUCUGGUCCUGUGCUGCUGUCAGAAGAUGUAGAGACUCAGCUCACAAACCUGGAGGUUCUGAGUAAACGUCUGAAGAGGUUAACUGGAGAGGUGAACCAGUGCAGAGACCUUCUGGGUGGAGGAACCGCUCGGCUGUGUGGAGGAGAGGAGCGAGCCCUGAUGGAGGACACACUCGAGGGUCUGCAGGAGAGGAUGGGCCUCCUGGACUCGGCUCUUGUGCAACACUGUGACAGCAUGAGGGACAGGCUGCAGGACCACUCGACUUUCCAGAAUGAACUGAGGAUGUUGCUCACAGCCCUGACUGAAUGUAAACAUCAGCUGCUGCAUAAGAUGGCUGGAACUGCUGACCGACCUGCAUCCAAACAGAUAGAGAUGUUGGCAGAGCUGGAGGACAGCUUACGGGAGUUUGAACAGAGAGUGGCUGAGCUGCGGAGCCGAGCUGACGGCCUCCAAUCAGAUCAAACCUCCAAGCAGGAGCUCCUAAAACUACAGGAUGCGUACGAGGAGCUGGUGCUCAUGGUGGGCUCCAGACGUAGUAGCCUAAACCAGGGCUUGUCUCUGAAGGCUCAGUACGAAGCAGCACUUCGUGACCUCACAGACCUGAUUGACACAGCUCAAGACAAGAUGGCUGCCGACCAAAAAAUGACAGUGGCUUCUGUGAUAGAGGUCCAGAUCCUGUUGGAAAAACACAAA